UCCUUGGCCAGCUUGGGCUCUGUCUCCAGCCAGGUGCCCUGCACCGUCCAGCACCAUGCCUUACAGCUGCUACCUGCCCAACCUGAGCUGCCGCUCCAGCUGCUCCUCCCGGCCCUGCGUGCCCCCCAGCUGUCACGGCUGCACCCUGCCCGGGGCCUGCAACAUCCCCGCCAACGUGAGCAGCUGCAACUGGUUCUGCGAGGGCGCCUUCAAUGGCAACGAGAAGGAGACCAUGCGGUUCCUGAAUGACCGCCUGGCCAGCUACCUGGAGAAGGUGCGGCAGCUGGAGCGGGACAACGCGGAGCUGGAGAGCCGCAUCCGGGAGCGGUCCCAGCAGCAGGAGCCCCUGGUGUGUCCCAACUACCAGUCGUACUUCCGGACCAUCGAGGAGCUCCAGCAGAAGAUCCUGUGCACCAAGUCUGAGAAUGCCAGACUGGUGGUACAGAUCGACAAUGCCAAGCUGGCCGCAGAUGACUUCAGGACGAAGUAUGAGACGGAGCUGGGCUUGCGGCAGCUGGUGGAGUCGGACAUAAAUGGCCUGCGCAGGAUUCUGGAUGAGCUGACCUUGUGCAAGUCUGAUCUGGAGGCCCAGGUGGAGUCCCUGAAGGAAGAGCUUCUCUGCCUCAAGAGCAACCAUGAGGAGGAAGUCCACACCCUGCGUUGCCAACUUGGAGACCGCCUCAACGUGGAGGUGGACGCUGCCCCCACCGUGGACCUGAACCGUGUGCUCAACGAGACCAGGAGUCUGUAUGAGGCCCUGGUGGAGACCAACCUCAGGGAAGUGGAGGAAUGGUUUGAGAGGCAGACUGAGGAGCUGAACAAGCAGGUGGUGUCCAGCUCGGAGGAGCUGCAGUCCAACCAGGCGGAGAUCAUCGAGCUGAGACGCACGGUCAACGCUCUGGAGGUGGAGCUGCAGGCCCAGUACAGCCUGAGAAACUCCCUGGAGAACACGCUGACAGAGACGGAGGCCCGCUACAGCACCCAGCUGUCCCAGGUGCAGGGCUUGAUCACCAACGUGGAGUAUCAGCUGGCGGAGAUCAGGAGUGACCUGGAGCGGCAGAACCAGGAGUACCAGGUGCUGCUGGACGUCCGGGCUCGGCUGGAGUGUGAGAUCAACACGUACCGGGGGCUGCUGGAGAGCGAGGACUGCAAGUUGCCCUGCAACCCCUGUGCCACGACGAACGCGUGCAGCAAGACCAUCACACCCUGCACGCCCUGUGCUCCUGCUGUUCCCUGCACCUCACAUGCCCCCCGCUCCCGCUGUGGUCCCUGUAACUCCUUCAUGCACUAGAGCCCAGGGGUUGCCAGAGCAGCAAGGAGGCAUGGCCUGGGGUUCCAGAGCUUUGACCUGGCCCUGGUUCAUUCCGCUAAAAGGGCCUGAAAACACAAUUUGCAUGGCUGGAGCUGCCCCAGAGAUGCAGUCAAGAAACUCACCCAACGUACUCCAGACCAUUUGUUUGGGGCUGUUUCUUCUUUGUUUGCCCAGAGAACACUCCGAGGUGCCGGCAGCCCUCCCUGGUAACCGCCUAAUAAACUCGAUUUCCCUGGCAAAGCA